AUGAACUUCACACGCAAGAUUGACCGUGCCAUGCAGUGGGCUGGCGAGAAGAUGGGCGCCGAGGCCAAGGCCACCCACACCGAAGAGUUCAAGGAGCUCGAGUCCGAGAUGGACAUUCGACAUGAAGGCAUGGAGCACCUCCUCAAAUCCAUGAACAUCUACACCAGAUGGCUUGCGCGCCAUUGCGAUGCCCUCGAGGACCGAAGCCGCAGCUUGCCGCUCGCCCACCUCGGCAAAACCAUGACUGCCCAUGCGGCAGAGCUGCCAGACGCCGAAUACAGCCGUCGCCUUGCGUCCAUGGGCAACGCCAACGAACAGCUCGCCGAGCUUCAGACGACCUAUCUGGACUGUGCCAAUGCCACCUGGACACAGCACAUUGAGCGCAAUCUCGCCAUGAUGAAGGAUUAUCAGAAUGCCCGGAAGAAGCUCGAAAGCCGCCGACUCGCCUACGACGCCACCAUGGGCAAGAUUCAAAAAGCCAAAAAGGACGACGUUCGCCUUGAAGAAGAGCUGCGCGUCAAUAAGACCAAGUUUGACGACAGCACCGAAGACGUCUUCCAGCGCAUGUCAGACAUUCGAGAGGCCGAGCAGGACACAAUUGGCUCUCUGACGUCGUUCCUCGACGCCGAGCUCGAGUACCAUGAGCGAGCUGCCAACGAGCUUCGCCGAGUCCGAAAGUCUUGGGCUGCUGGCAUGGCAGACGCAACUCGUCCGUCUUCACGGGAGGAUUUGGAGCGCGCUUACUCCAACGUGUCUAUCCGCACUCAGCCCGUCCGAAACACAAUCAUCAACGAAGCUUAUGAGGGCGCCGCUUCGCCUCCCGUUUACAAGCUCAACCGCACCAUGACGAGUCGAGAACCUCCCCCGCCUCCUCCUCCCCCAGCAUCAUCUAGACCGCCCAUGAUGAGAUCAGCGACCUAUGAUACCAGGCAGCCGCCCGUGAUUCGCGCAAGAGCCGCAUCCGCUUCUUUCAACAGAACCAACACGACCUGCAGCGUUCCUGAAAGCAGAGCAGAGGACAUCUUUGACGACAACUCAGUAUACAGUGGGGAUAACACUCCUAGCUGGGGAGAGCGCAGCGUCAGUCCGGCAACGAGUUACGGCAGCAACCCUCAAUUCCCGGUAGAAGCCAAGAAAGCACCGCCUCCCCCUGUCAACCGAGCCAAGAAGCCGCCGCCACCUCCUGUCCCCAGGAAGCUUUCCACUGUUGGCUACUGA